AUGGUCCAGAAUGACGGCACUAAACCAUGGAUAUGGGUCGAAGGAAGCAACCGAAACCCGGAUGCAUCUGAAUCUAAUGCAGCCGCUGCUAUUAGUGAAGCUGCAGCAUUACUGAAGGAGGUGUCACAGAGAGUGGAGGAGAUUAAGAAUGAUGAUUCUAUCCCUAUGCGCUCUAGCAAAAAGACAGGAGCAAAGAGUAAAAAGGAUGUUCGUGAGAAGGUACAAGCAGACGCUGCCGAGAAACUUAAGGAUAUAUCCAUUAAGCACAACUAUGUUUGUGGAAAAUGGUUAAUAUUCGCUCCCGCAGAUAAAGUAGAUGUAAUAUGGUCCAAGAUCGCUACGUCGCUUGUUUCUGGCGCCCUUGCUUCAACUUGCGCAUUUCUGACGAAAGUGGCAACAUCACCGGCGAAUGAGACUCCACACCAUCAACAUGUUAUCUGUCUCUAUAUCCCAGAUGUCUACGACAAAGAUGCUGUUACAGAUGUCAUGAAAGUGCUCUUGAGAAACCACGGUGUCAAUCUCAGUGGCGUAAAAUCGGACCUAUACACAGCAGUAGGACUCGAUAGCAAACACUCAAGCGGAAUUCCAUCAACUGUGUGGAAAAACACCUCUCUGCUCGCAGAUUCUGAGAUCAAGGACCUCAAAGAUAUCUAUUUCUCAGAACUGAAUGUUGCUUCAACCGCUGUAGCAAAGCCUGCCGAGAUCAAGGACCAGCCUCCCAUCACUGCAAAGAAAAAGCCUAUUCUUAAGAAGAAAACCCAAGAUGAUGAUCCUUUUGCAUCUGAGGACGAGGUUGAUGCUCAAGAAGCGGAACGGAAACAAAAGGUGCAAACAAAGGGGAAAUCAGGGAAGAGACCCCAAACAAGUGAUAUAGAUGCGGACGCAGAUGAGAGUGACAGACCGAACACAAAGAAGAAGAAGAAGAGUACACGAUGA